AUGGACAACGGCCAGACGACAGGCAGCCUAAGGAGAAUGUUCACUUUCAACUGGUGUCGCAGUCGGUCGGGCCCGUUGACGCCAGAACUCAAAAAGGUCUAUGACAAUGAAUAUGAAGGGGAGGAGGAUUUUGAAGAGGAGGGAGAUGAUAAGGAAUUGAGAACAAAAAGAGAAAGCAAAAAUAAGUCGCGAAGAUGUAAAAAAACGCAGACUUCUGCUGGAGUCAACAGUACCAAAACGGAUCUAGGAAAAGACAAAUGUGAAGCUGACGAAUUCAGUGCAUUCCAAUCUUACAGAAAGGAUGGGUUGGAGCAAACUUCGAAGCUAUUCCUGAGCUUCUCCACCGACUCGCGCAGUUUUGCCACGCGCACAAGCAUUCUACUUCCAUCCGAUAAGGACAUGGCAGAUGGAAUUGCAGGACUAGCCUAUGCAUCUGAAAGGGAAGUUGCCCCAAUGAUCCCCAGUUUGAGCGAAACGACUACAGAAGUCUGGGCCGAAAAGUCAACCGCGGAGGCCAAGUCCACAAACGGGAGGUGUGACGUCAACCAGCAUGAGGAUUUGUUGUACUUCAGUGAGUAA